AUGGCAAAGAGCGAUAAAGUCGUUGCAGAAAAUGGCGUUCACCAUCAUGGCCAAGAUGCAUCUCUCAAGUGUCCUCCAGAACACCAAAAAGCAAUCAUUACACCGAAAGUUGGGCCGGUAUUGAAUCUUUGUGAGCGUGAGAUUGAAGUCAGGCCACCGGGUCCUGGUGAGGUUGUUGUGAGGAUCGCAUGGACAGGAAUGUGUGGCAGUGACGUAUCUUUCAGCAUUGGCCCAAAGACGGGGUUCCCUGCGCAUGAUCAUAUUGCUGGUCACGAAGGCAUCGGUCACAUUGUACAGUCUCACGACGUAGCGCUCCUGCAUCAACCGGUUGCCCUGAGAUUUCUCGCAUAUACUUGUGAACGCUGCAAAUACUGUCUUCGAAACCUUCCCGAGUCUUGCAGGCGGCAGAUUGCGUUUCCGAAAGACUACAAUGGCACAUUUCGACAGUAUGCGACUGUACCGUAUUGUUCGGUUGCCCCUCUUCCCCCCUUCGUUUUCGAUGGACGAGAGAAAGAUCCAAAAAUAUACUCCUCAGCACUCUGCUCAGGAUCUGCGGCAGUAAAGGCUACGAGAAUGGCUGGGCUACGACCCGGUGACAUCGUUGUGGUGUUUGGGAUUGGAGGGGCGAUUGGGCAUUUGGUUGGACUCAUAGCAAGAAAUGUUCACAGAGCCAAGGUCAUUGGAGUGGAUGUUGCUUCCAAAGCUAGUCACCCCAUCUUUGAUCCUGCAAACCCUGGCGUGGUAUGUGAUAAGUUCCUUAGUGCCCCAGCGUCUGCGGAUCAAGAGGACUCCUUUCGAAAACGAAUUGCCCGAGUUUGUGGAGAGCUCGGAGCAAUGAACAAUAGAUUCGACCACACACCCGAUGCUGUGAUCGUUUGCUCGAAUCGCAUAUCAAGUUUCAAAGACUUGACAAGUUAUAUCUGUGACGGUGGCUCAAUCAUCAUCGUUGGCAACCCAUCAGAUGGCGACCGGCUUUAUUUUCCUAUCCAUGAGAUAUUGGAGAGACAGAUCAAAGUCCAAGGGUGUUUGAUGGGCAGUCGUGAGGAGAUGUACCAGUGUUUGGAAUAUAUUCACAGUGGCACCAUUACACCCCACAUCACUGAAGUUUGCUUGACGGACAUACCGCAAUAUAUGAGCCAGAUUAAAACGCUUAGCACUGUAGGGAAAAUUGUAGUACGCAUUAAUGGGCCCAUUAAUUAGAAUGUAGAUCGAAAAGAAAGUUUCUCGGGCCCUUUAACGUUGUUGAA